UUGCUUUUCAGAGACGGCGCUCCCUUGAUCCGAAUAAGACAGCCAUCUAGCGAAGAUCUUUCUCCAGAAGCUCAACGAGCCGUCGAUGCCAUCGAAUUUAUCACGGAAAAUAUGAAAGAUGACGAAACCACUAAACAGUAUCGAGACGAUUGGAAGUUCGUGGCCAUGGUGGUAGAUCGUGUCCUGCUUUACGGCUUUUUUGGAAUCACUCUAGGAGGGACUAUAGGCAUAUUAUUCUCCGCUCCAACGGUCUUCGAACGAGUCGACGAGCAAAAACAUUUACAAAAACUCAUUCAACUCUAUAAACAAGGCCUUCCAGAUAACGAUACCUUCACGCCGUUAUAUUGA